UCUCAAUUUAUAUUGAAAUACUGAAUAUGAAUAUUUACAUCUAAUUUUCAAUAUUGUAUUUUUUCUGCGACUCAGAUCAGAUCCCGUCUAAGAAGAAGGAACACUCCGUAGCUCAGAUCAUUGCUGGAAUCGCAAAAAAGUUUUCCAACUUUUGAAACAAAAGAGCAAUGUUAAAGGGAAGACUCUCGUUUUUCGGAGGUGGUGAUUCGCGUUCGAUGGAUAAUAACAAUUCGUCAAAGAAUGAAGAGCUUCUUCCUACACUGAAGCUUGAAACUGAUAAACAAGUUUAUAGGCCUGGUGAUCCAGUUAUUGUUACUAUUCAGAUCUCAAAUCCCUCAAAUAGGUACUCUUUUUUGAUGGAAAGACUCAGUUUUGAGAUCAGAGGUGUUGAGAAAUUGGAUACUCAAUGGUUUGUUACACAGAAGCCUUUGCCUGGUUCUAAACAAAGGAGAGGUGAACAUGUUUUUGUAGACUCCUCAACACCAAUCCUAGUAGCAAACCAGAUUAUUAAUGCCGGGGCCAGCAAAUCAUAUGUUGUGAGAACUCUGCUGCCUAGCGUUAUUCCACCAUCGUACAAGGGUUCAAACAUUCGCUAUCUGUACUAUGUUAAAAGUACAAUAGCCGGAGGGUGGCUAAUACUGGAAAAUGGACAGUCUCGCACAGAGCCAACAAAUGAUGUUACUGAUUUGGAAGUUCGGAUUCCAUUACAAAUAUGGGUAAACCAGAAAAGCAGUGGCUUUCCAAUGGACGAGGACAUUGUUCCAUUAACUACUGUACAACUGGAUAUAUUUUGGAAAGAGAUGGACGGAGAUGCUGAUUGGGUUAGAGCAAAUGAUAUUUAUGAUGGUAUUGAGGAGGGUUAUGACAGCUCAAGGGAUGAUAUCUCAUCGGUUUCUUCAUAUAACCCCAUGAAAGAAAAUAUGUACAGAGGCUUUGGAAGUUCACUAUCACUGCGAUCUUCUUCUGCAAGAUCAUUGAACAGGGAUGCUUUAGAAGGUCACCGAACUAGUUUAUCUUCAAAUGUAGCACUUCCACGACUGUCCAUUGCCGAAGUAUUAUCCGAUUCUGGUGCUGAUGUCCUAUCAACCCAGAAGUCAUUUGAGCAACAGAAGUUCAGAAAGCAAUUUUCUGCAGAAGAUGAUGCAGGAGUCUCCUCUUCACCGGAAGCAGGAGCUGUUGAAUCUUUAUCAUCAGAAGGCUUUGUUAGAGGAAGGUCUUAUAACAUCAGACUUGAUGAUCAAGUUUUGCUUAAAUUUUCCCCUAAAAAUUCCGAUUCAACUUAUUACUUCAGUGACAUGAUAGGCGGGACUCUUACUUUCUUUCACGAGAAAGGCGCUAGGAGAUGCCUUGAGAUCUCAGUAAUGUUGGAAACUUCAGAAACUAUAAAUAGACGCUUCGUCCAUCCUUCUAGAAGGAACUCACCAACAAUCACAAAGGUUCUGAGUGAUCAUCACGAGGUCGUUGCAGAUUUGGUGCAGACAAGUUUUCUUUUCUCUGUCCCCGUCGAUGGUCCAAUGACCUUCUCCACUCCACAUGUAUCUGUACAAUGGGUUCUCCGCUUUGAAUUUCACACAACUCCAAAAUAUGUAGAUUGGACAAAGUAUGAGCAUCCACUUCUGAUUGAAGGAAGGGAAAAAACUGAAUGGGUUCUUCCAAUUACUGUACAUGCUCCACCACCUAGAACUCCAGCUUCUGGCUCAAGAAAUGAGAAACUUUUCUCUCUUGAUCCUAUGUGGGUGCACACUUGAAGUUCAAAUAAUCUGAAGCUAAAAUGUGUGCAAUCCCACCGUCGUACCUGUCUUGGCACACCUCAAACUUCAUCCUUCAUGUACAAAAUUUUCGCAGGAUAGCAGCCGAGAAAUGACAGAAUGAUCAUUUGUAGCAUACCAGAACUCAUACAUUUUGUUGACCCUAACAUUUGCUAUAUAGGUCUUAGCAUUUCUUUAAUGUUUUUUCUGCUUUUCUUAUUUGCCAUUGUUACUGGGGUAAUUUAUGUCCCAUAGUUUAUCUAGUUCUUGAUUUUGUUCCUAUUUUUAUAAGUUUUUGGUAGAUUUUAUGGGUGUUUGUUUUAGUUAUUAAAUUUCCAAUUAUAACUUGGUGUCUUAGAAUUGGUGGUUAGGUGGACACUGCACAUUGCUGCCUUGCAUUUUUUUUUUUACAUUCUGUUUAUGAUAUUUUAUGUAAGAAUUCUGUUUAUGACAAUUAUAAUUCUGUUAAUAGAUCAA